AGGCGGAGCCGGUUGUGUCACGUGGACCCCGCUCCCGCCGCCGCUGCUGCCGUCGUCUUUCUCUGUCUCGACUGAGGCAGCCAUCUUGCUCUUGCCGCGUGCUGUUGUUGGAGGACCCUCCCUGCUUCAGAUUUACCAACAGCAUGAAUCAAGAAAAGUUAGCCAAACUUCAGGCUCAGGUCCGGAUAGGGGGCAAGGGUACAGCUCGCAGAAAGAAGAAGGUGGUACAUAGAACAGCUACGGCUGAUGACAAAAAACUUCAGAGUUCUCUAAAAAAACUGGCUGUGAAUAAUAUAGCUGGUAUUGAAGAGCUUGAUGUGCCUGUGCAUUCUUACUCUGAUAAAGGUUAGAACUUCAGGGCGCCUGGGUGGCU